AUGGCUAAAGAAAGAAGUCCAAUUAAGGUUCCAUCUGAAAAUGAAGACUUACCUGACAAAGAAAAUGCUCCAGAUUUUGAUGAGGACAAUUUACGAGGUGAGCUAGGUUCAACUUUGGCUUCAGUCACUGUUAAAACAUUUUCUAUUCCACCAGUUUCAAGAAUGUAAGCAGAUGUGGAGAAUGAUAUUAAUACACUGCAUGACAACCUUAAAUGAUGUUUGGCCAGUCAUGACUCUCUUCUAUGAUUACAAUAAUUAUGUAGUUUAUUGACUGAGAGGAUCUAUGACAUAUUUGUUAUUUUCUUUUCUCAAAUUUCAAAGCAAGUACACAAAGUUAUAAUAAGUAAAGACUUUAUUUGAUCAUCAUAUAACAUUCAUUUUGUAAGUUUGCAUCAUAAGUACCAUCAUCAUCAUCAUCUUUCCAUUAUAAUAUGCCACAUUAAAUUGAAAGUUUCAACUUCCCCUUAGCAACCAAUUUCCAGUAGAGUGCAAGUGUUAUAUCAUUGAAUAUGGAGGUGUUUAACCCUUGACACCCUAACAUCAGUAUCCAUAUUCUAUUCUUUGUAUGUUUCUUGUGGUACUGAAAAAGAGAAUUCAUUUGAAGAUCAAUGCUUCUUAGGUUGGUGAUCAUUUCCUUUAUUCUCAUGAGCUUAGUGAAUGAUUCAGCAGUAUUACUCCAAGCUUUUCAGGGGAUGGGUCAAGUCAGGCAGUUGCAAAAGUGGCAGCUGGCACUAAAGGAAAAAUCUGCAGAUUUUAAAUCUCCAGAUCUUGGCAGCUCUGCUUAUGCACUAAUUAACUACAACCACAGGUAAUUAUUAACUACAACCACAGACUUUGACACAAAUUAUUUUUUAUUUUUUCUUUGCAGCCAUAGCUGAUGUUUAUAGAAAUGAGGGUAAUGAGGCCUUCAAGAAAGGAGAUUUCAUCAAUGCUAUUCAUUUUUACACCAAAGGAAUUAAAAUGAACUGCAAUGAGAAAGAACUGAAGGCCAAACUGCACAACAACAGGGCUAUUGCACAUUCUAAACUUGGUAAGAUGAUGAUAUCCAUUUUUUUCUAUUUUGAAGCUAUUGAGUUGUCAGUAGUAGUUUUCUGAAAAAGGUGAUAAUUUUGAAUGCAUGCCUGGAAAAAUUUACAUCUUAUGUUGGCCUCUCAAAUAUACAAAGAAGUAACCUCUUACCCCAGAUAUCAAUGAGCAUCACAAGUUUUUUUCCCAAAAUUAUAGUAAUGGUAGUUGGUUUGCAACAUGUAUGGCUAAUCAGAGAUAUUUAUUUCAAUAACAGGAAAUCACCAGGAUUCACUAAGGGAUGCAGAAGCAGCCAUUGAGUUAAAUCCAGCUUUCCUUAUGGCAAUUGUGAGAGGUUAGAUAUGUCAGCUGUGCUAUAAUAAUAAUAAUAACAAAAGAACUCAACACUCUAAGGUUAAAUGAGGUUAAAUGGAGUUCAAUAUUGUCUCAAUUGACUUUAAUUAAGAGGUCGAGACCACCCUGAUGUACAUUUGAAUCCAGCUCUUGACUGCUACGCCAGUACUUUCCAUUAAUCAUGAUAAGAAUAUUAUUUUGAACGGGAUGAAGAACUCAAUGCGGAAUGCAAAGCAAAAUUUCAGCAUGAAUAUUUUAGUUCCUUAAGUCCAAUGAGUGACAGGUGUCAGAUAUGUUAAGAGCGUGUCCACGAGAGCACCGGGCAGUCGUGCUACAAGCCAUCUCACCGAUUUCAAUGAAACUUUGGCAGUUUAAAGGGUCUACCCCAAAACUCAAAGAGACAAACUGGUUUCUGUUUUGGUUCUUCCGGGGAGAUAGACCACACCGGUUUUUUUCUUGGUUUUCACCAAGGAAAUCGCUUCAAAUAGGUAAAAUGUAUGAAGCUCUCACGGCGAUGGUCUUUAACCGAUUACUUUGAGGAUUUGCACACAUAUUUUUACAUCCUUAGUUAAUGUCUGCUGCGAGUAUCAUUCAGUUUGAUUGACGGCUUGUCAAUCAAUAGAGGCAAAUAUACGACUUUGGUUUUAGACUUUUCGAUUCAUCCAAAUAUUUGACAACUUUGAGGUCAAAUAUCUCCCGUUUGCCAGAAAGCUACAACACUAUUCCUAAUACCCCUUUAUAACCCAUUAUUUCAUCUCUGAAAAUCAUCAAAAAAUCUUUGGGCACUACCGUAUUUUUGUCUUGGAUACCUUUUAAAAUCUGCGACUGUGACAAGUUUCUCUUAACUAUACCUGUCACACAAUUUUUGCUCUAGGCGGUCACUUGACAAAAUAAACCUACAUUUUUUAGCUCUUUAUACAAGAUGAUAGAUCAAGAAAGGUGAAAAAUGUGAAAUACUUUCGAGAUUUUUUGUAGGAUUGGAAAAUUUCACGUUUAGAGAGAUGCAUGUAAACGAAAAAUCAAUGGGAAAAUCGUAGCGUUUCUUUCUUCAGUCGUUUAUUACUUUAUUACUUUUUAUUACAACUUCGGCUUUUACAGACGAGAAAUUCUGCGCUCUCGCUCGAGAGCAAAUAUCAAUACUUCUAUCAGACUAAAAACUGUGCCUCUAUCCCGAAAAAAAAAUUAAAAUAGUGUUGUCGUUGUCACUUACCGCCAUCAAACAUUUCCAUGCAGAACUCCGCUAAGCUAACAUCUGUUGUGUGACCCGAAGACUCUUAGUAGGAAUUAUUCAAGCGCGUUGUUCAUGCUGUCUGCUAGAUAACAAUUUCAGAAUAAUCUGCAGAUCUCUAUGAUUAUUUGCCUGCUUCGAUCGUAAAAUAUCUGCAUAUUUUUUUCAAGCAUUCUAUUACUACACAUAAAUCUUCAUCUCUCUAGAUCGAGUGUUGCCGGCGUUUAAUUGCGUGACUUGUAAAAUUUUUAAAUGAGAAUCUGAGCCAGCGGUAAUUUGACGAGUAGCCUUCCUGCAAAUUUGCCUUGAUGAAAUCCCAAGACAUAGCCAGUUGUUUUCGUGAGCAAAGACAAUAAAUAUGAGAGGAAAGUGAGAUGCAAAUGUCUUCUUUUUUUUAGCUUAAUAUCAGCUUUACCUUCGUCUAAAUUUUGCAAGGUCUCUCCUUAUCUUCUGCCUUGUUCGGUCAGUUUCGAAUUCUGAAGCUAGAUCAUUGGCAUCGGCCUCUCCGUCCUUAUUCAUAUUUACAGAGGGGGACCUUAUCAAUAAAACAAUUUUUGUUACGGCAGAUAACCGGCUGAAGUAUCGAGCGAUUUGCUGCUGUAAGACCGGUCAGUCUUAGACAACAUUUCUGGCUGGUGUCGUCUCUUAAACUCGAUAUUUGGGAAAUCACAUUAGAGGCGGUUGCCUUACUAGUUUCCUCCCUUGUCCAGCACACUAGAUCUCUAGGAGAUAAUUCUCUGCUUUCUGAGAAAAGGUGGCUGUUUUUUGUGUUUUCCAAUGAGCCCAUCCAAAGUCCUCUUGGCUAGUUAGGGGUUGUUCGUCAGAAUUUUUACCUGAGGUCCGACCUGAAAUGUAGCCAUCCCCUAUAGAAUGGCAAGCCGGUCUUAGUCCAUUUCCUCUUGAUCUUAUCCUAGGCGGAAUUUUUUUCUCGGCUUCACUGUGUUUGUCUUUGUCAGGAUACAUCCUUCUUUUAGCAAGAAUAUCUGGCUUUCUUGUUCCGUCUAUGACGGAUUGGGUAGAGUUCUCGCGAUGACCCGCGUUCAGAAAUCUGUGCACGUUGCUGAUAAGCACCCGCUUCUACGACUAGUUUGCUGAAAGUUUCUAAUGUGAUGAGCCUAGUGAGAUCCUGAGGUGCUUCAAACUGUGCCAGUUGGUCUGCGCUAUAAACUUGUCGAAGUUCUUAAGUCAGAGGGACGAUCGCCCACCUCUAUCUAUGUGAGCGCUUCUACAAUACCUGCGUAUCCCUAGCAAUCAUAUGAUAUAAAGUUCAUCUCAGUCACAAAUCACCAGUUAGGAAAACUGAUAUUCAGAUAAGCGCUCUUCUUGCCCUUCUCCUUAUUCAUUGUCGACUCUAAGAUAGCAGCUACAGUACGCGUUCUAUUUAGGUUUACAGUCACCUUGCCGCCACCAGAAAGACUCGCCACCAGCUUUGAUUUCUUCUGCCAUCUGCAGAUUCAUCUCUCUCUCACUUUCUGUCUCCGAUUUUUAUGAGGAGGAUACUGGCAUUUACGAACCCGAAGGUCUGAAUCUCACACCAAGUUGUGCACGAUAUAUGAGGUACAUCGUGAAAUUGCGGCCUUCGUAAUCUCCAAAUAAGCCAAUACGCGCUUGAAUAAGCUUCAUCUCGGAUGAAACGCAUGUUUGGGAUACAUCGACGUCUCUCAAAUGUUUUUUUUUUUAAGCUGUAUACCCACAAAUUUAGAGGUGUGAGCUGUUGCCGUCCCUGGCCAGCGCGAGAAAAGUAACAUUUGGUUGUACAUUUUGUUGCAAAUGAAGAAGACAACUGCACCAUCUUGACUUUAUCAAUUCGAGUGUUAGAUUGAAUUGAAGGCUUUUUAGACACUCGAUUUCUUAUAUGGCAUCACUAUGAAGACGUAAUACAACUGAUGCAACUACACUACAUAGGAUUAACAAUGUCUGUUGCGCUGUUGCGAGAAGGAGGAAAAUAUUACCGGAAGUGUACGCUCUUUUAAAAAAGAGUUUCAGAGAUGUCUAUCUUUGAUCGGCUGUCACAAAAAAAUGACCCCACUUAAAUUUUCUAGGAAAAAUGAACUUACCAAAUCCUUGAAAAAAUUGGAAUUCAUUUGACCGAUACGCCGGUUGUUUCAAUUUUUUUUUUUCCUCGGGCUGCUAUGAAACAGUUCAUAAGUGACUCAUGAAUAAAGUGUUUUGAAAUACCGUUCGGGAUUUGCCUUUUUUUUUUUCUGCGUGCAAAUCAAGGGUAGACAAAGUUUUUUAAAACAUUUGACUAAAAUUUCAUGGAGUUCACCUCGAUAAUUUUCGUCGGCCAGAGUCAAGACGCGCCAAGCUAAGCGAGAUCGCCCUCCAGUAAAACAAUUUUCCAAAGAAUAAACGUGGCGAGCGUGAGGAAACGCACAUUUUUUUCAUCAUUGUGAUCAAAGUCCAAUGAUGUACCUAAAUUGGUACUUACGGUGUCAAACCAUUGAUUAUGACAGGGUGAGCUUAGUUUUUCUGUCGAGGUCGACGUGACUUCACAUUAAAAGCAUUUUUGACGGAACAAACUAGUGAUCAUCACUGCACGAACCGAGAAAGUAAAAACUUGUAUUUAUCUCCAACGCGUUUCGUCUGACAAUAGUAGACUUCAUCAAGGAUUUUUUCAAGCAGGGUAAAUAAGCUUCCUCAUAUACAAAUAGUAAAUAAGUUAUCUCUUUACUAUUGAAGUCAGUGGAUAGAAUACGCCAGGUGCGCCUACGGUGUUAUACAUGCGUGACAUUUUCCUGACGUUACAUGUACCUUGGCAUGUAGCUUGUGAGGCGUGAGUGGCCCAGUGGUCAGAGCGCUGGACUCUGGGUCGGACGGCCCGGGUUCGAGUCCUGGAUGGGGCACUACGUUGUGGCCUUAAGCAAGUCGCUUCACUCACCUUGCUUCGUCUUCUCGGAUAAGACGUUAAGCCGGAGGUCCCGUCUCCUGCAGGGUUUGGGGUAGGAGACGUUAAUUUCCCACGCACGAGAUAACUGUGUGAUGGAUGUCCUCCCCUGGGUUGGGUUGGGUGGGUUUGUAACUUGUAAGGCGCAUCUGAUUAUUCAUAUAGAUAUUUGCGCCGAAUAAAUUAAGGAUGAUGAAACAUGUACGAUCCGUUUAAGGGUCACAGAUUUAGUGUAAAUAUUUCACUCCUCAACAUCACCCAAUGUCUCUAGUUUACAGAGGUCUUAGAACGUGUCAUUAUAUGGAGUUGCCUUCUGCGGGUAGAAGACUACAAGCGAAUUUCUCAGGCGUAAUUGCCUUUGAUUUCUCAAUUGAUGUUAUCGCAAACACAGUUUUUGGGAGUCACGAGACAAAAAAACUUAUCAGGGCCUAGUUUCAUGUUCUAAUAGAAAUAAAUAGCAAAUAAAAACACAUUUUCUUGAGAAAUAAAGUCACAAAUGACGGGGGUUCUCCGAAACAAAUAAUGAUAAAAAAAGAUUUCAGUUCUGGUCAAUAUUGACUUUUCAUGGCCUACUUCCAAAUCUGAGGGAACGUGCUGAGGGAAUAAAAAAACAUAAAUGUGUGAUAAUGCAAGUAAAAGAAUGAAAAUACAAAUAAAGAAAAGGGAGAAAACAUAGGAACCCGUGUUGCAGCGUGCAGAUAUCUUUUGAACCAGACCUAGACACAUAAGCCCGACACCGGCCAGAGAAACUCGAAAGAGUCCUGUAUAUGAACUAGCUCGCACGUGCACGCAGGAAAGGCCAUGACAAUCAGCGAAAAUAAUAGCAAAUGCAGAUGAUAUUUGCAGUCAAUAAACAACAAAAUAAGAUAACAGAAGGAUUAGGAACUUUUUAGAAGUGUCUUCUUGAAAAAAAAAAAAAACAAGCAAUUUUUACUUCUCAUAAAAGGUCACACAGUGACCCUACAAAUACUAUUCCUAUACGUGGAAUUUCUUGAUGGUAGAAAGUGGAAAAAACAUUUUCCACUCUUAUUUUCUGGAAACACGGCGUAGUUAAUGAAUUUAUGAGGCUAUUGAUAUUUAACAAAUAGAGAAGCCUUGACUGUGCUCUGUUCUGUUAUAAAGCACGCAGGAAGCGGCUAGAGCACGAAAGAAGUGUAGGGAGAAACACGAGACGUAGUCGAGUGCUUCUUCCCACUUCUUGAGUGCUCUAGCCGCUUCCUAAGUGCUUUAUAACAGAACAGAGCACAGUCAAGGCUUCUCUAUUUGUUUUAUAAUAAAGAAUCCGUUAAAUUACCCAAGCAUUACUUUCAAUUUCCAAAACAAACUUUAUUUCCAAAGCGAACAACAAUGUCGUCAGCAUGCUCUAUACUCUCAUAAUGCACACUGCAAUAAGCCAAUUAGAAUCCUUGUUAGAAUGAUUCAAAUAAUCUGAUUGGCUGUACAAGACUAAAGCUGUCAAAAGUGUCAAACCAUCAAAGUCCAAAAACCAUCAAAGUUCACAUUCUACGAUAGUUUACAAACUAAAAUAGUUCGGCAAGUCGAACUUGACAAUUUUGCGUGAAGUUUUUGAGUCUCUAAUACAGAAUCUUGAAGUGAAAUGUUCAGUGAACUUCAGCCGAAUUAUGGCUCAUAAAAACACGCGAGUUUUUUCCACAUGACAAGGCAGAAAACAAACUAUUCAAGGCGAGUGUUUUUGAAUGAACGACAGCCGAAUUCACCGGAACAUAAAGAUCGCUCGUGAUGACAGCGCCGCAAAACUCCGUUGCAGUGGCUGAUGUGAAUUGCUCUAGCUCAGCUCUAUGCUCUAUACUCUCAUAGAGCACGCUCUUUCAACCAAUGACAGCGUGCGUUAUAUGCGAACUUUAUUAUAAUUCCUAACAAAUAAAGGGGCAGAGUUUCCCGUCAUUCGCGGUAUGGAAAAGCCGAAGUUGUUACACUCGGAACUUGUACGUCAACAAGCAGGCGACAUGUGACCUUAAAAUCUCCUCUCCUGAUUAUAAUGAUAAUAGACGAUCAAAGUAUAGGCUAAUGAAUGUUUUGUUCUGUACAAGAGCCCUAUGUCCUGAUUUUAGCAAAUCUUCAAAGUAAUAAACAAACUGAAGAAAGAAACGCUACGAUUUUCCCAUUGAUUUUCCGUCAACAUGCAUCUCUCUAAACGUGAAAUUUUCCAUUCCUACAAAUUAUCUCGAAAGUUUUUCACAUUUUUCACCUUUCUUGACCAAUCAUCUUGUAUAAAGAGCUAAAAAAUGUAGGUUUAUUUUGUCAAGUGACCGCCUAGAGCAAGAAUUACGUGACAGGUGUAGUUGAGAGAAACUUGUCACAGUCGCAGAUUUUAAAAGGUAUCCAAGACAAAAAUACGGUAAUGCCCAAAAAUUUUUUGAGGAUUUUCAGAGAUGUAAUGAUGGGUUAUUAAGGGUAAUUAAGAUUAGUGUUGUAGCUUUCUGGCAACGGGAGAUAUUUGACCUCAAAGUUGUCAAAUAUUUAGAUGAAUCGAAAAGUCUAAAAAUACCAUCGUAUAUUUGUCUCUGUUGAUUGACAAGCCGUCGAUCAAACUGACUGAUACUCGCGGCAGCCAUUAAUUAAGGAUGUUAAAAUAUGUGUGCAAAUCUUUAAAGUAAUCGGUUUAAUACCAUCGCAGUGAGAGCUUCAUACAUUUUACCUAUUUCAAGCGAUUUCCUUGGUGAAAACCAAGAAAAAAGCGGGGGUGGUCUAUCUCCCCGGAAAGAAACAAAACAGAAAUCAGUCUGUUUUCUGGAGUUUUGGGUUAGACCCUUUAAACUGACAAAGUUUCAUUGAAAUCGGUGAGAUGGCAUGUAGCACGACUGCCCGGUGCUCUCGUGGACACGCUCUGAAGUCACUAUCUAGCUGUUUUAAAAAGAAGGAUCAGGACUUACCUAACUUUUAGUGUUUUUGUGGCAGUUGUUGAUCCCAAUUUAAGUUUUCUUAGAAGUUUCAGUUGUCUGUAAAGCUAAAUAAAUCUAACUGAAACCUAACAGGGCCUGUUUAUUCUUUUCCGUUUAGUUUUUUUGUAUUGUUUUGUUUUGUCUUUUUUUUUUCUUCUGGUCUGUAAUGAUUUCAAUGGUUUCAGGUUCUUUUCUCAGAAUUGAGCUACAGUAAUAGUAUGCUUCUUUGUGUUGUUGCCUACAGGAGCCACUGCUUGUGUUGAAUUGAAGAGAUUUGAAGAAGCAAUCACUUGGUGUGAUAAGGGACUAGCUGUAUCCUUUGAAGGAAUCUUUCAUUUUUAA